AUGGAUGCACCAUCAACAGCUCAAGUUCAACAAGUUCGUGAAAUAACACGUAUAGAACGAAUUGGUGCACAUUCACACAUUCGUGGUCUUGGUCUCAAUGAUAGCCUUGAAGCACGUGCUGUCAGUCAAGGCAUGGUUGGUCAAAUUAAAGCUCGUCGUGCAGCUGGUUUAAUUCUUGAAAUGAUUAAAGAAGGUAAAAUAGCUGGACGAGCUUUAUUGAUUGCUGGACAACCUGGAACAGGCAAAACUGCUAUUGCUAUGGGUAUUGCACAAGCAUUAGGUUCUGAUACACCAUUUACUGCUAUGUCAGGCAGUGAAAUAUUUUCACUUGAAAUGAGUAAAACUGAAGCAUUAACUCAAGCAUUUCGUCGAUCGAUUGGUGUUCGAAUAAAAGAAGAAGCAGAAUUUAUUGAAGGUGAAGUUGUUGAAAUUCAAAUUGAUCGACCUGCUACAGGAACGGGCGCUAAAAUUGGUAAAAUGACAUUGAAAACAACUGAAAUGGAAACAAUUUAUGAUCUUGGUCAAAAAAUGAUUGAAGCAUUAACAAAAGAAAAAGUUCAAGCUGGAGAUGUUAUUGCAAUUGAUAAAGCAAGUGGAAAAAUUUCUCGACUUGGAAGAUCAUUUACUCGAGCAAAAGAUUAUGAUGCUAUGGGACCACAAACGAAAUUUGUUCAAUGUCCUGAAGGUGAAUUACAAAAACGUAAAGAAGUUGUACACACCGUCACAUUACAUGAAAUUGAUGUUAUUAAUAGUCGUUCACAAGGUUUUCUUGCAUUAUUUUCUGGUGAUACAGGUGAAAUUAAAUCUGAAGUACGUGAACAAAUUAAUGAUAAAGUUGCUGAAUGGCGUGAAGAAGGAAAAGCAGAAAUUGUACCAGGUGUUUUAUUUAUUGAUGAAGUUCAUAUGUUAGAUAUUGAAUGUUUUUCAUUCUUAAAUCGAGCAUUAGAAAGUGAUAUGGCACCAAUUUUAAUUAUGGCAACAAAUAGAGGAAUUACUAAAAUUCGUGGAACUAAUCAACAAAGUCCACAUGGUAUUCCUAUUGAUUUACUUGAUCGUCUUUUAAUUAUAACAACAAAACCAUAUGAACUUGAUGAAAUAAAACAAAUUCUUAAAAUACGUUGUGAAGAAGAAGAUGUAGAAAUAUCGGAUGAUGCUUUAAAUGUUUUAACGAAAAUUGGUAAAGAAACAUCAUUACGUUAUUCAAUUCAACUUAUAACUCUUUCAAGUAUAAUUAGUCGAAAUCGAAAGGCUCGUGAAGUAACUGUUGAUGAUGUUAAACGUGUUUAUGAAGUAUUUCUUGAUGAAGCGCGUUCAAGUGAUAAUCUUCGUGAAUAUGAACAGUAUUUUAUGUUUAAUGAUCUUAAUUCUGAACAACAAGGAUCUGAUACAGCAAUGGAAACAUAA